UCAUUCAGAAACGACACCAAAAUAAUUUCGAGCUUCGAAAUUUUAGCUCAGUCCUUGAUAUAUUUUCCUACUCACAAUGAAUCCUGACAAUUCGGUGAGUGACUUUGCGAACAAGGUGCGCUUUCACCUGAGCAGGGACGAGUUGGAGCGCCAGAUGCGGAUAAUUCACGACCGUGAGGAAUCCGUCGAUGGCAAGAACCGUCCAUCGGGAAGCGGAAACAGUGGUCUCAAUCGCAGCACGAGCUCGUCCAAUGGCUUGCCGCGGCAGGAGUCGUGGAUCUUCGAGAGCGUUGGAGGUUACUUUCUUGCCAACGAAGAUUUGUCCAGGAUGGGUGUGCCUCGCCAGGAACAGUUGCUGAUGAGGGAUCUAAUCUAUUCCUUCUCCGGGGUUCCCUCUGCAUAUGUAAAGCCUGAUAUCCAGAUCGAUCAGAUUUCCGAAAUGUCAGCGCUGGAUAUAGCCAAGGUUCGCUUUCGCUUGGAUGAGGCUUUCAAUGGGGCUUUCAGGGCUUUGGCAAAUGAAAUAUUACCCCUGAUAGGUUAUUAUAUUAGUAUCCAGAGCUAUAUAGAGGAGACCAAUAUGUCGCCAAAUUGUGGAAGAACGCGUCUUGCCUUAGCCUCGGCGUUAGGUGACCAAAUGCAGGACUACUAUGAUCUACAGUCCAAGUUGGAAACAGAUUUGCAGGAAAAGAAGUUGAAUCUAAAGGAUCUGGUGCGACAGGUGCGUCCUUGGUUGCCUAUUCUAAAGUCUUUCUCCAGCAUGUCAUAUAGUGCCCGGGGCAAUCUGACCAGCGCCCAGGUGCUAACACUGCUGGAUCAGAGUUACCGGGAUCAGAAGGACACUGAUGUAGAUCUAAAGGAACGGGUGGCCAAAGUUUUGUCUUCUGUUAGUCGUACUUACAUGAAGAUAGUUCAGUUGUGGAUUCAAAAAGGUGUUCUAUUCGACACGCAGCAUGAGUUUUUUGUGGAAGACACGGAGCCGUCGACUACAAUGAGCAGUACUCUAUUGGCGCCGGAGAAAUGUUGCCACGCCUACUGGGCGGAGCGGUACAACCUUUUGCCUGAACGCUUGCCGGGUUUCUUGCUUCCCCUGGCGGAUGAUGUUUUUCUGGCCGGCAAGUACCUAAAUAUUCUGCGACAGUGCAAUGUUUCAAUGAAGCUGCUGCAGCUGCCACUUGCAUAUAGUCCAAGCGAUUUGGGGCAUGAGGAGAUCAUCAAAACAUGCUAUGAGUUGCCAGCGCAGAAGCUUCUCAAGGUUUUGGUGGAGGGCCACAAUUUGCCUUUACACAUCCGCAAUUUAAAGUCAUAUUUUCUGCUGCAGGAGGAGGGCUUCUCCGAGACUUUGCUGAACAAAUGCCAGGAGUUGCUCAAGUACAAUGUGGACAGGUUGAUUCCCGAGAAACUACAGAGCCUUCUAACUGAGACUCUACAAAAGUCCAAUGAUUUCUUCAAGGAUAUGCUGCGCUGUCAGCUUAAGGAUUGCGAUGUAGCCACACAAUUGGAUAGACAUCAUAAAGCACAAAGAGCUGUAGAGCAAGAAAAAGAGAGCUCCAGCGAGGGGGACCCUCCGGAGGUCCUGAAUCUCUACGGCUACGAGGCAUUAGCACUUCGCUAUGAAGCCAAAUGGCCACUAAGCUUUGUUCUUUACCCGGAGCUUCUAGAUGAAUUGCAAAUGUUGCAGCGUGUCCUGCUCUUUUUGCACUAUGUGAAACACCAUUUGACAGUCCUGUGGCAAACUCCAUCAGAGGGUACCGGGCUCAAGAUCACCUAUCGAUCUGGAAAACUCCGCCACCGUAUGCUCAUGUGUAUGAUAAGUUUGGAGCAGCACAUCAUCCAGGACAUCGCCGAGCCCCGAUGGCAAUCGUUGACCUUAACGGUGGACAAGGCCAAAAGUAUUGACGAGGUAGUUAACAAAUUGGAGACCACCGUGGAAGAAUGCCUGCGACUUGGGUUGCUACCCUCUGCCAACACCUUUGUGAAAUCUCUAUAUACACUUGGCCAUCUGUGUCUCAACUUUUGUGACUUUGUGGAGUCCUCGAUAGGAGAGAGAAGUACCAAAAAACUCGAGCAGGAUAUGGGCCAGUACGAAAAGGAAUUUAAAAGCUUUUUGGUCAGCAUUUUGGAGUUGGUUAGCCAGUUGGCCAAGACGAACUACUUUGGGGAGCGGGAUUCUUGCAAACAAUUGCUCAAACGACUUGGGGAGUUUAUCGAUUUCUCCGAUGUGGAUAAGGAUCACGAUUCCAGCACUUAAUCAGGAGCUCAAAAUCUUCGCAAAAUCACCCUUUGUCCUAAAUCUCCAUGCCCAUUAAGCCAUAAUUGAUUAAUCCAUGGACUAAUUAGUCCAGUAUUCUCAGCAGACAAGCUUUUAUUAUUUGAUUUUCAAGAAAUUGAAGAGUGCAAAACAUCCACUUGAAAUAAACUGUUAUGAUUAAUUGGUAAAAUUAUAAAUGUUCUUCAG